CUGUGUGACGUAGAGGAGAAUGCAGAACGUAAUCAAAGAACAGAGCGCGAUUCUGAGGCACGUUAAUCAAGAUAAGCCAUGCAAAGAAAUCAAAGGAAUUCAUCGGCGCAAUUUGAAUUGGAAAGUGUAAAAAACCCCUUCUAGAAAAAUCGUGUAGAGGAUAGAAUUGAACUGCUGAUAACAACAGCACAGUGGUGCACCGGCAAGGUUAUUCAACUUAAGAGUGCAGCUUCGGUGCAGCAUACUGAGGGAGAGAGAAAAAUAGGAGGAGCAGUGCAACAGAAUGGGCGAUCUGCAGAUAAGCCAGGCGAGGUCCCUGCAUCCCAGUGCACAGCACUGGCUGGGUGCACCUUCCAGGAUUUGUCUGAUGGGCUGCCAGGAUGUGAAACAAUCGGAGCUGCGUCGCUUUCCAGUCCACGACUCAAUACGCUGCAACCAUUGGCUGCGACAUUUCGGUGUGAGCGAUCAGCGUGUGGAGCAGCUUGGCGGCCUGCAGAAGCUUCGCAUUUGCUUCAGGCAUUUCCAGAACAUGGCCAAGACGCGCAUCAAGAUGACGCCGCUGCGCAAAUCCAAGGCCAUGCCCCCAACCACAACAGCAGCAGACACGAAUACUACAGGAGGAGGUGGAGUAGAAGCAGCUGCAAAGCCAAUUGUGGAUAACAAUACCACCAUACAACUGGUUAAAAUCCCCAUACGAGAUCCACAGAAAGCACAACAGGCCAAGAAAUCGGUGGUCACCAUUACACCCGUGCCACAGCGCUCUCACUCGAUCUGCUCCUCGGCCUCCAGCGACGUGCAGUCCAUCAGCUCCGACUACGAGGUGGCUCUGCCACUGGCCGCCCUUGUGGAGUCCACACAGAAUGGAAACGGUUUCCCGGAGAAUGGAAAUGUUAGCCCGAAGAAUGGCAUUGCUCGCCCGGAGAAUGGCCAGCCGAAGAAGCGAAAGCUGUACUUGAUCACGGAGAAGUCGAACGAGACGAACGGCCAUGGUGCAGAGACCAAUGGCCAGCCCAAAAAGCGAAAGAUGUUUGUCGUCGUAGAGCAGGAGAAGGAGUCGGUGGGCAAGAAGCUGAUGAUUGUCAGCGACAAGCCACAGGACAAUCUCACCCAGCACUUGGAGAAGCUGCUGCCCCAGAUACUCAAUCGCAUACAGGACAAGGAGCAGAAGCAGGUGAAGCCGCCUCCUCUGGCAGUGAAGGAGAAGCCUUUGGUGCUCAGGCCUCACAUUACCUUGCCGCCCAAGAAGAAUCCAACAAACUUUGUCAAAAUAUCACCGGAUUCGGCUCCAGCGGCAGUUCCAGUUGCAGUUCCACUGCCGCCACUUACUCCAUGUGCCAAGAUCAUAAAAUCCGAGAACGACCAAAAGGAGCAAAAGGCAAUCAAGGAUGAAGACCCAACUAAAAUGAUGGGCGAAACCAACAUCAAUCUCUCACCCGACUUUCGUUUCCUCAUGAAGAUUCUGCCGAAGCUGGAGCAGCUGCCCGAGCCGCACAAGCAGGACGUGAAGCGAUCCAUUCAGAUCUUCGUGGAGAAGAGCUACAGCAUCUAUGGCAAGAAGAAUCAGACAUAAGAAUCGGAACCUAACUCGUCUUAAUUUUAAUAUUCGUUCGGUCUAGUUCCCCAUUUAUUUGAGAAAAGGCAUUUUUAAUUACGUUGUCCAAGACUGAAGCAGAACCAAUUUAAUUUUAUGUAUAAGCAAAAGCAGAGCAGAGCUGGAACAGCCACUCCCCCCACAUCCCAUUCAUCCCAUCCAUUAGGAUGUUAAGCAAACCAAAUUUUGAUAUUACCCAAUCAAAGACACAAAAUGGGUAUUCCCUGAGAGAUCUAAGCCAUACACAAGCAUCUAUUUAAGUAUUUUUGGAUUAAUCAAGUGAAAUACUUUCUAUAUUGAAUAUAGAGCAGCUGCUUUUUCAGCACAA